AUGGCUUUUGAACCCAUCAAAUUGGUUACAAAGACCACGCUCGCUUCAGGGGCAGCUCGUUUCCUCUGCCCGAUACGGAACGUCGACGGCAAUCUUUUGACGAUGCAGCUCUACCCUCUCGACCAGGCUACUGCUCCGCGACCGCCAGUAAAGCGUUGCUUGGGCGGGGUACUGGCGAGGUCCGGAAACGGGCCUGUACCCUGCGUCCACGAAGAUGGGGAGGCGGCUCUUUUGCCGAGGCAUAGCCGUCGCACCGGCAAGGGUGCGAAUGACAAAGGAAUGACCGAGCUCGAGGCCAUGGCGCCCUCGACGUCAACCUGGAUAUAUCUGUCAGAGUGUCAUGGAUGA